AUGAAAGGAAGAACAGGAGGUUUAACAGCUAAGAUGAGCAAUGUAACUUUAAUGAUUAUUGCUUUCAUUAAGAACGAUCAAUUGGUAAGGAAAGCAGAUUAAAACAAAAUAUCGCUUGCUGAAAUAUUUAUGGCUAAUUCCUAGUAAUUAGGAGGGUUGGAGGAUGGAAAAGUAACAAAAAUGUAUUUUCACAAAUUUUUAUUUAUGGAGUAGGUUUGUUUUGCAUUCAAUUUAAUGGGAUUAGGAAUUAGUGUUAUCUAAUAUGAUUUAGAAUAUGAAGAAAUUACUGACGAUGAUCCCAUGAAAGAUAUUUCUUUAUGGUUAUUAUGGUUAGUAUUUGUAUCAUCAUGUCUAUUGGUUUUUUUAACUGUUUAUCGUUAUUAAGCUCAUAUUGAAUGGAUGAAAUCAAGAAAAUCGAUGGCUCCAGGUGAUUAAAUAUGGCAUACUGAUGAUUGGCUACCUAUGCUCAUAGAAUUAGCAGUAUAUUGUAUUAUUCCACUCCCAUUUACUAAAGGAAUCAGAGUCAACUUUUACAAUUCAAUUUAAGGAAGUGAAGCCUAUAUCAAGGUGAAUGAGAUCUUAGCUUUGAUUAUGAUUUGCAGAGUUAUCUACUUAUAUAGAACUCUGUUAACCCUUACUUUCUGGUACAACAACAGAACUUAAAGAGUUUGUAAUUUAUACGCAUGUGAAUCCAAUUACAUGUUUGUGGCCAAAUCCUUACUAAGAACAAUGCCGUACACUGCCUUAUUUAUAGCAUUGAUCUCUUUAAUCUGUAUCUUCGGAUAUGCAGUAAGGAUUUGCGAAAGACCACUCUCAAGAAAUGAUUCUUCAAGCAACAAUCUAGGACUGUUUGAAAAUGCUCUAUGGAAUAUCAUUAUUACAAUAACGACUGUAGGUUAUGGUGAUUUCUACACUAGAACUGAUCUAGGCAGAUUUGUUAUAUUUAUAGUUUGUGUUCUUGGAAUCUUCGUAGUUUCAGUUAUGGUUGUUACUUUAAUUGAAUCUCUCAAGGUCACUUCCCUUGAAGGACAUGCAAUCACUGUUUUAGAGAGAGUUGCCUUAAGAGAAAAACUUAAGCAUGAAGCUGCCUUAGUUAUCAUACUUACAGCCAAAGCUGCUCUUGGUUAUAAAAAUGGGACUUUGACUCGAAAAUAACACCAUCAAUUAAUAGUUAGAUUAAAACAGACUUUGAUUAAUUUUAAAAUGACACACAGAUAGCAUAAAACCAAAUAGGAUGAGAAUAGUUUGAAUGAAGAAAUCACUAAUUAAUUCAGUCUCUUGAAAAAUGACUUCAAGCAAUUAAUGGAAAGGUAAUAAGUCUUGAUUUCAACUAAUAAUCUGAUCUAUUAGAAACUAGGAUUUGAAAAUAACAAAUCAGUUGUCAAUAUUUGA